AUGUCAUCUAGAAUCGCAGAGCUCGGAGCUCUGAUAUCUUCCAACACGCAGAAGAUUGACGAGUAUCUAGUCGCUAAUUCGCUACCAUCACCAUCGUUCGAGGAAGAUGGCCCUGUGAAGCUCAACCUGUCCGGCGAACUCGAAAGUGCUCGAAGUUCUUUACUCAAUGCUACAGCGGAGCUCCAGGCUUUGCUGCAAACUCCAGAUGACCUUCUUCGGCCUAUCUUAAAUGGCACCAGCCUUGAAGCGAUUUCUCGCUAUGAUAUGGCUCGUAAGAUCCCUGUCGGUGGCUCUAUCUCUUUCCAGGAGCUAGCCGACCAGUGUGGCCUCUACGAACCUGACGUACGCCGCAUCGUACGCUUUGCCAUUGCGCACCAUUUUGUUUUCCGCGAACCUCGCAAGGGCUUUGUAGCUCACAGUGCAGCCUCUCGGCGCCUGGUUGAUACCCAAGGCGCGCGAGACGGGCUUGGUGUUAUGUUCGAUGAUUGCUACCAGAGUUUUGGGCGGGGCUGGGCACUCGCCCACGAUGGUCAGUCACUCUUCGAGACGUUUGGCAAGCAGCCGGCCAAAGCCAAACGUUUUGCUGGCUCCAUGGCAGCCUUCAACGCAUCACCACUUAUGGCACAUAAGCACAUGGCCACCAAUUUCCCGUGGGAAACCCUGGGCAAUGGUACCGUCGUCGAUCUAGGUGGCUCGCACGGUGAGCUAUGCGCCGCCCUCGCACUUGCCGCCCCCAACCUGCAUCUCAUCGUUCAAGAACUCCCCCGGACGGUGCAAAGCGUUGACCGUGCCACGCUCCCUGCCGAGGUUGCCCCACGCAUCGAGUUCAUGGAGCACGAUUUUUUUACUCCGCAACCCGUCGUUGCAGCCGUUUAUACCUUUAGGCAGAUCUUCCACAACUGGGCUGAUGUGAACGUCGUUAAGAUCCUUCGCAGUCUAGUCCCGUCGUUACGAUCAGGGGCACGGGUACUCGUGCAUGACUUGAUCUUGCCUGAGCCUGGAAAGUUGCCACUAAUGCAAGAGCGGCAGAUUCGGGCGAUGGAUAUGCUUAUGCUUUCGAUUUGCAAUGCGAGAGAGCGCGACGAAGACGAUUGGAGGCAGGUGUUCGCCGAGGCGGAUUCGCGUUUCAAAGUCCUGCGUGUUUUCACCCCCAAAGGAGCUGCCCUCGGGAUUGUCGAUGUGAUGUGGGAGGGUGAGGGUGAGGGUCAGGAGAGCAUUUCCGCCAAGUAA